CCAAGGAUCUAGGACACUACCUUGCCGUAGAUUCACGAUGAUGUAGAGGACCUGUCUGUAUAUAAUAGGGCUAGGUGCCGUGGCGGGUUCACCAUGGCGGGCUCUUUCGACAUUGACACGUUGUGAGCUAAGAGAAGUUGGAUGAAAUAUACAAUCGCAGCUGAAUCAACCGACACCGCUGAGCCGAUUACCUCCCUGUGCCAAUUUAUCCUUGCCUAGGGUUGUUGCUGGAUAGCAGACUCAACACAUUCUCUCAAUAUGAGUAUCGUCAGCGACCCGGUGCUUAUUGGCGGAGCUGCCAUUCCGGCGUCUAGCAAGGAAGCCCAAGUACAGACGUUGCCCUUACUGGCGUACCCGAUCCCAGCUGGAUGCCAUGCUAUCCCAGCGGAGGAACUAGAUCUUCGGUCAGAUGCCGAAAUCGAUCAGUCAUUAGCGAACCCAAGGCCCAUUUCGACAGACUACCAGAAAAACAUAUUCUUCUUCUGGCACAGUGGCUAUGAGUUUAUGCACCCAUACACAAAGCGCAAUGUUCGCGCCCAUUACCGCCGACUGGCCAAGUUUGGUUGGAACAUCUAUGUAAUAAACCGAGUUGAGGGCUCACCACUAAACAUUGUGAACUUUGUCGACGUGACCGACCCGGAGUUAUUCCCGAAGGCGUUCUUGGACGGCAGAAUCGGCGGCGAUUUCGCACCACAACAUACAUCGGACCUGGUGCGCUGGCCGCUGCUGAUGAAAUACGGUGGCAUCUAUACAGACGUGGGUCAGCUCCAGAUUGGUGACCUGAACCGUUUGUGGGAACAGACGCUUGGAAACCCUGACUCCCCGUACGACAUCAUCUCUUACAACCUAGGUCCUAUCGACCACCGCGAUCUCGCCAACUACUUCUACGCCUCGCGGCCAAACAACCCGCUCUUCUUGCGUGCGCACAAGCUGUUGUUGGCCCUGUGGAACGCUGAUGGCGGCAAGCUAAGCACUGAGGGUAUGCACGCAAGCCCGCUACUCAAGGGACCUAAACUCAUCGGCCAGCGGUUCUCCGAGGAAAUCCGCAAGAAGCUUACGGAUUACAUCAUCCAAGGCUACUGUCUGACUCUGGCGAUGGGUCUAAUCGACGACGAAGAUGGAUGGGACGGCCCGACAUACUGCGCCGAGCACAUCUACGCCAUCGACUACAUGGUUGGAUCUCAGCUCAUCCAGCAAUACACGAACUGGAACGGCAAGGAGGCGUUCCGGCUACUUUCGCUCUCCCUGCCCGAAGACGGCGAAGAUGAGAGCGAUGAUCAGAAAAAGGCGCGGGAGAUCGUAGAGGCGUGUCUGAGCAAGAGUUAUAGUUUCAAGUUGGCGCACGGUUACAUCGUGCAAGUCUUCGGUGACACACUCGGCUCCCUGUGGAGGAAACACGACGGCUCUGAUUACGUUCCCGGCACAUACGCGCACUGGUUGAGAGAGGCCAUGACCUACUGGACCCAAGAUGAACUGCCGGAAAGAUUAGAUUUCAAGGUCAUAGAACCAUAUAAGAGGGGUCCAUUGCUCCGAGAGAGCUAGAUCUCUAUUAGAGAAACGAGAUAGAGAGA